UCCUGAGCAUGCCUAGGGAAUGACAGGCAUCUGCACAGACAGACUGCAUCACCUUGGCCGGGGGUGUCGUCAUUGGCUGCCUAUUAGAAAAGCUACAGGACAAUGCAUACCACUGACUGCCGACUGUAAACAUAAGGAUAUGUGUUCACUUAGCAUGGGCUUCUGGGAGGGGCCAGGGCAGGGCGGUCUGCAGUUUUAUUGAAUAGAGCAGUGUGCAUUAGGCUGCCUGCCUGCCUGCCUGCCUGCCUGCCUGCUCUCUGGCUGUCCUGCUUAAAGGAAUCAGUGCUUCCUUUCUGACGUUGUCUUCCUCAGCAAGAAGCUUCAGCCUCCGAGGUAAUCAAUAAUACAUUUCAAGAUCAUCCAAUCCAAUCCAAUCCUACAGGUUGAGCCUACCAAAAGGCUCAGGAGUGGACAGUGGACUGCUUACCUAUCCAGACAUUACCUGGGCUCUCCUAAGCCUGAAACUUCACCAUGGAUGAUUUUGAACGUCGCAGAGAACUCAGGAGGCAAAAGCGGGAGGAGAUGAGGCUGGAAGCAGAAAGAAUUGCCUAUCAGAGGAACGACGAUGAUGAGGAAGAGGCCGCUAGGGAACGGCGCCGCAGGGCCCGCCAGGAAAGGCUGCGGCAGAAGCAGGAAGAAGAAUCCUUGGGACAGGUGACCGACCAGGUGGACAUCCACACCCAGAACAGUGUCCCUGACGAGGAGGCCAAGCCAGCUACCGCAAACACUCAGGUGGAAGGCGACGAAGAGGCUGCGUUACUGGAGCGCCUGGCUCGGCGAGAGGAGCGACGCCAAAAACGCCUUCAGGAAGCCCUGGAGCGCCAAAAGGAGUUUGACCCAACGAUCGCUGAUGCCAGCCUGUCCCUGGCCAGCAGAAGGGUGCAAAACGACACGGCCGCAGACGAGACGGCAGGGAAGGAGGAAAAGAGAGAGCAUCGCCAAGAACGAUGUGACCUAGAGGAAACGGAACCAGGCACCAAGUCCUACCAGAAGAACGACUGGCAGAACACCGAGCAGAGGAAGAAAGAAGAGAAGGAGGACGAGGAAGAACAGAAGCCGAAGCGAGGGAUCGCUGGCGAAAACCAGGUAGAGGCGGUGGGAGAAGGGCAGCGCGCAGAACCCCAAGAAGAAGCGGUGGUGAUGGUUUUGGAAAACGGGCAAGCCAGUGCAGAAGAGCCCGAGGUCGAGGAGGACAGGGCGCAGGGGCCAGAGCGGGUGGCCGGUCACCAAAAGGCGGAGGAGGAAGAAAGGGAGAGAGCCGAGGCCGAGAGGCUGAGGCUGGAGGCAGAGGAGAGAGAGAGGCUCCAGGCUGAGCAAGAGAGAAAGCUGGCCGAGGAGCGGGCCAGGAUGGAGGCGGAGGAAGAGGCUGCCCGGGAAAGAGACAGGAGAGAGGCAGAGGAAGAGGCCAGGAGGGAGGAGGAAGAGAGGAGGGCAGCCGAGGAGAGGCAGAGGGCCAAGGCGGAGGAGGAGGAGAAGGCUAGGCUAGAAGAGGAGAGGAAAAAGCAGCUGGAGGAGAAAAGGAUUGAAAUGCAAGAGACCAAGGCAAAGGGGACGAAGGUAGAAGAGAAAAAAGAAGGGAAAUGGGUAAACGAGAAGAAAAUGCAAGAAGACAAGCUGCAGACCGCUGUCCUAAAGAAACAGGAAGAAGAAAAGAGAGCCAAAGGGCAAGCUCAAAGACAAAGGUCUCAAGAAGACAAACCGACUCCCAGAAGCGAGGAGAUCAAAGAUGAGAAGAUUAAAAUGGACAGAGAGCCCAAAGAAGAAGUUAAGAGCUUCCUGGAUCGAAAGAAAGGAUUCACAGAAGUCAAGUCGCAGAAUGGAGAAUUCAUGACCCACAAACUUAAGCACACUGAGAAUGCAUUCAGCCCCAGCCGCCCCGGAGGCCGGCCCGGCGCGGACAAGGAGGCCGAGGGCGCCCCGCAGGUGGAAGCCGGCAAGCGGCUGGAGGAGCUGCGGCGCCGCCGCGGGGAGACCGAGAGCGAGGAGUUCGAGAAGCUCCGGCAGAAGCAGCAAGAGGCGGCCUUGGAGCUGGAGGAGCUGAAGAAGAAGAGGGAGGAGCGAAGGAAGGUCCUGGAGGAGGAAGAGCAGAAGAGGAAGCAGGAGGAGGCGGAUCGCAAAGCUAGAGAGGAGGAAGAGAAGAGGAGGCUAAAGGAAGAGAUUGAAAGGCGAAGGGCAGAGGCCGCCGAGAAACGCCAGAAAAUGCCAGAAGACGGCUUGUCUGAUGACAAAAAGCCAUUCAAGUGUUUCACUCCUAAAGGUUCAUCUCUCAAGAUAGAAGAGAGAGCAGAAUUUUUGAAUAAGUCUGUGCAGAAAAGCAGUGGUAUCAAAUCAACUCAUCAAGCAGCAGUAGUCUCCAAGAUUGACAGCCGACUGGAGCAAUACACCAGCGCAAUUGAGGGCACAAAAGCUGCAAAACCUACCAAGCCAGCAGCCUCGGAUCUCCCUGUGCCUGCCGAGGGUGUCCGCAAUAUCAAGAGCAUGUGGGAGAAAGGGAACGUGUUUUCAUCUCCCUCAGCAUCAGGUACACCAAAUAAGGAGACGGCUGGCCUGAAGGUGGGAAUUUCGAGCCGCAUCAAUGAAUGGCUAACCAAAACCCCAGAUGGGAACAAGUCACCGGCUCCCAAACCUUCUGAUUUGAGGCCAGGAGAUGUAUCUGGCAAGCGGAACCUCUGGGAAAAGCAAUCUGCAGAUAAAGUCACUUCCCCCACAAAGCAGGUGUGAGACAAUUCGAGAAAGAACCCAAGCUCAAGACACCGGACCAGCUUUGUUUUAUAUUUAUGUUGAUUUACUAAAUUGGGUUCAUUUUCCUUCAUUUUAUCUUCCAAUAUCCCAGUAAGCCCAUGUAUAUGAUCACUAUAUUUAAUAAUCACAUCUAGAGAUGUUCAUGGUCAAAGUACUGCCUUUGCACAGGAGCCUGUUUCUAAAGAAAACCAUGCUGUGAAAUAGAGACUUUCUACUGCUCAUGUCUGAACAGUGAUGCCAACCACAUUGGAAAUCAAUAAAAGGAGAUUCCAGGUGAAGAUUGCCUGAGGAAUGUGUGCAGUAUCUAGAGGGGAAAAACAAAAAACAAAAACAUAGGCUUUGUUUUGUUUCAAUACAGAAGUCAAUUUGUUUCUGCACUUUAGACUAAAGCAUGGAAGAAAUUAUCUAAGUAGGCAAUUGUAACUGUUUGUGAAAGUAACCCAUUUCAGAUUUGAUAUAUGGCAAUGAUUGUCUUUAUAAAAAAAAAAAGAUGUACUGUUGCUUUUUAUGUGCUGAUUCCUAUCUAACUUGGAUGAUUAUUUUAGCUGACAGUGGUACUGGUUGUUUUUGUUGUUUUUUCCAGGUUAGUUGCUUUGUGGAUUUCUUUGGUAGUGGAUAGUAGACUCAACCACAUUUUAGAUAGCCCAACUAUGUAUGUAUGUGCAUACACCUCUACAAACACACUAAUGGUAGCAUGCUUUUCCAUGCGCUAGAUUGUUAUAUUUAGUAGUAUGUCCUUGAAACUAGCCAAUAUCACAGCUUCUUAAAGAUUAAAAAUCACAUUAUUAUAUUAAUAUUCCAUAUUUGCCAGUAGGAGCAUGGGAGUUAAGUAUAGAUAUGUUUUCAAUGCCUAUUGACCUUUAAGAAAAAAAAGUAUUAGGGGAAAAAAAAGAGAGAUUAGAAGCAUCAAAAUAAGUUGAAAUGCCUUAUAAAACAUAUUAGUAUUUACUUUAUUUCUCAAGGAAAUGUUGAAUCCAGUGUGAAUGAUAUUAAGUCUACCAUCUGGGUCAAGCUCAGAGCCUGCUUCUGUGUAACAGUGAAGUUCACAAAAAGCCAACCUCGCUGACAUCUGAGGUCUCUUCUUUCUCUGAAAUGUAAAAUCACUAGUAUCAAUGAUGAUGUGGCCUACAUUAGAAUUCCACAAGGAGGUCUGAACAGUGACCAACUUUGGCUCGUGUCUGGAAGCAGAGAAGUAAACUGAGCAGAGAUUCCAGCAUUUAGAAAGCACACCAGUGCCUCUUUACUUACUCUCAAACGUUCUUAAGUUAAAACUUUCUGUCUUUAUUAGUCAAUUGGUACUUGUCAUAAGUUGAUAAUAUGUUGAAAUUUUAAAAUAUAUGUGAAGUUUUCUACUUUUACAUUUUGAGAGUCUUGAUUGACUCACUAUCUGGAUACCCUGGUUUAGCUUCUUAAGUCUUUACUCUUCCCAGUAGCUAAUGAAAGAGUAUUCUAGUGCUUUGGUAAGAUGCCUUCAUAUAGACGUAUACAUACAGUGUCAUUAUAUGAACUCAUACCUCAGAUGGCUUAACCAAAAUUGUCUUAAUCUCAGUUCCUACCAUGCUGAGAAAGCCUCCCAAGUAAGUAUUUCUAAUCCACAUAUGUCCGUGCUAGAGAGGAGGGCUGGCUUCGGCAGUGACCAGUGCCUUGCAAAGUCUAUUUUCCUCUUGAGUCAGGAAGGUUCAAUCUCCUAGCUUUUAGAAAGCCUGGAACAAAGGAAGGGAAGUCACUAAGACUACACAAAUCACUCACCCAUGACAGAGUAGACAUAAGUCUAUGAUAAGAUAAACUAGAGUAUACAUGGAGUGUCCAUGUAACUGACUCCCAUUAUCGGAGUGAGACAGAUCAAAGUUUGAAUUAAGGCUGAUGGUGAGGGGGAAAAUGCUUUGUGGAACUUUUAAACAAGAGUUUCUCCUGAUUGCUACUAAUAUAUAUAUAUAUUAAAGUCUGAAUUUGAAAAUGCAUUGAUCCUUUUAUUCCAAUGUUUGGAUGACAUACAUCUUAGGGUAGAAGUCUGUUCAGUUUGGACUUAAUCUUCAAGAAAGCAAGUUCCUCCUUUACACAUUUAAUUAAAGUUCUCCAUUGUCUUUGAUAGAAAAUGCAAGCUGACUAGCAUGUUCUGUGAAUCUGCCAUUCUUAAAAACGUUAUAAACACUUGACAUUUUUCACUGAUAAUUGAUCGCUGCAAUGAAAAUGUAUUGUGAAAACGCAUCCACAAUAAAUGGAAUUCCUCCAAA